AUGCCGAGAUCGCGUGCCAAGCUUCAGCAUGGUUCGGAUGUAGCCGGUAAAGGCGGACCGAUAUCCGACAUUAACCGGAUGUACGCAGUCCUGCACUUAAACUUUUCACCACCACCGGCACCAAACCACACCAACACUAAUACCACAGCGUUCAGCACUCAUCCCCGUUAUGAACGUCGCCGAGGAUAUUGUUGGAGCUGGGCGGUCAGCAUUGGAUCACGGCUCGUUCGUGUUCAGCCCAGAGCCAAAGCGGAUUACAAAUCGGCGCGGACAUCGGCGACUUCGAGUAUCAGAAAAAAGGUCAACGUCAAUGACCACUGCACUGAGCUGGAGCGCGAUCGGGAGACAAGGAUGUUGGUUGGGAAGCCUUGCAGAUGCGUGCGUUACACGUCUUCUUCCCUUCGUCUCUCACUCUCAGAUCUUCGCAAGACCAGCAUGCGAUCAAUAUGA